AUCCCAUAGAAACGCCAGAAAGUUGCGUUAAUUACUGGAGCUUCUUCAGAAAUAGGAUUUGCAACCCCAAUUGAACUUGCAAAGAGGGGAUAUCUUGUUUUUGCUGGUGCAAGAAGAUUGGAGCCAAUGGCCUAAUUAAAAGACAAUUAUGGUGUCAAGAUUUUCAAACUGGAUGUUACUGACUUGCAGAGUGUUAAAGAUGCCAAAAGCUACAUUCAAAAGGAAACAAGUGGAAACUAUUUGGAUAUUUUAUUUGAUAACGCUGGUCAAACCAGUCAAGUGCCUAGAACUGACGUUACUGACGAACAAUUUACAUAAUUUUUCAAAAUCAAUGUAUUUGGAGCAAUGCAGGUCAGAGAAUUUGUACCUCUUUUGAUUAAUGCUAAGGGUGUUAUUGGGUUUACGGGUUCAAUUGCUGGAGUCAAUCCAGUCUCCUCUGCACGCACGUAUACAGCAACAAAAGGUGCAAUCGAGCUGUACGCCUCAGUUUUGAGAUUAGAGAUGAAAUCAUUUGGAGUGAAAAUCAUCAACUUCAUUGCUGGGAUGUUUAGGGCUAAUAUCAAAGAUACGAGACGGUUACCAGAGGUAUCUCUUUUCAAUGUACCAGGAACGGAGGAAGCGUUUGAAGAAAAUAGGUUAGGGGUGACCAGGAACAGCCCAGCGUCAACCGAGGUGUAUGCUAAACAAGUUGCAGAUGAUUUUGAAGAGGCCAAGUUGGGAGGCUCGUUGCACUUGUACCGUGGAAAAAUGGCAUUUCUCUUGGGCUUUAUAUCACCUCUUCUUCCAAGAUUUAUACUUUAAGGGAUACUUUUUCGUACACUCAAACUUGCUGGUUCUUUUGAAUACUUGAGAAAGAAGUAUGCCUCAGGCUUCACAGAUUGA